UCCAUCCUCAAUCACUUUAUUUCGCCGCUCUCUCAGCUCUCUACUCUCUUUUAUUUCACAAUCCCUUCAAACAUACAUACAGUAAAACAUACCAUACGGAACAACAAUAGCACUAUAGCAAGAAAAAACGCAAUAAUAUUUAAUGGGGAGGCAGCCAUGCUGUGACAAGCUAGGGGUAAAGAAAGGGCCGUGGACGACGGAGGAAGACAAGAAGCUCAUAAAUUUCAUACUCAACAACGGCCAUUGUUGCUGGCGUGCGCUGCCGAAGCUGGCCGGUCUCCGCCGCUGUGGGAAAAGCUGUCGCCUCCGAUGGACCAACUACAUCCGGCCUGACUUGAGGAGAGGCCUUCUCUCUCACGAGGAGGAACAACUUGUCAUCGAUCUUCAUGCUCAUAUUGGCAAUAAGUGGUCUAAGAUAGCUUCAAGAUUACCAGGAAGAACAGAUAACGAAAUAAAAAACCAUUGGAACACUCACAUCAAGAAAAAACUUGUUAAGAUGGGAAUCGACCCUGUGACCCAUCAACCUCUAAACCAAGACCCUAAUAGUACCGAUAACCCCAAAAACAGUUGUUCAGUUUCCGAUGAUAUCUCAAUGGUUACAAAGAGUAGCAGCACCAAAAACAUAGAGACAAAUGGGACGACAACAGAAGACGAAAGCAUCAGCACAAUUACUGAUCAAAACAGUUCCAUGGAUAAUGAUAAUCAUCAACUUAGUAACAUUUAUAAUGAUGAAGAAUUUUUUAGCUACUUAUGGUCAGAUGAGAGUACUAAAGCUGAGACUCCGUGGAGUGAUAGUAACUAUGACGUUGGUGGAACAUUAUAUCAUGAUAAUAAUGUUUCUUGCGCAGGAGCAGAUUUUCCGAUAUGUUCACCGGAAAGAAUCAACGGCGUGGAUUGGACGUUUCAGGAUUAUUGUCAAGACUUUGGUGUACAUGAUUUUGGGUUUUGACUCCUUCACCAUGACAGGGCCGGACCUGAGAAUUACCGGCCGAGAAGCAAAAUAUUUUUUUUUUGUCCUUUACUUUACUUUUAAAAAAAACAUGAAAAACACUGGAAAGUGUAGAGAGAAGAUUCAAACCCGGCCUCCAUUAGAUAAUAUAUUGCAUCAUUUCCGGUAGACCAAAGACCACCUUAUGUAUC